AAUCAAGUACCAACGUGUCAAAAAAAAUUAAUCAAUCCAACAUUAAAAAAUCAUGAAAACCAUAUGUUUGAAAUUAUUUAUUAUUUUUGACGCAUAGACCGUAUGUUGUGUGCUACUGGUGAUUCAUUAGCGAAACUCCAUUACCAUUAUUUACCUGUCAAUAAAUGCAAAAUUGUUUUUUUGGUUCAUUGGCUAUCCUGCUUUUAGCGAUUCUUAUUCCUAACCUCAAACGUGACAAAACCAAUUUUGAAAAUUCCAGCGAAAUGGGCAAAAACAGUAAAACUGGUGAAGACAAGUAUUCUAUUUUAUUACCAACAUAUAACGAAGUCGAAAACUUGCCAAUCAUAGUAUGGCUUAUUGUAAAAUAUAUGGAAAAGAGUGGAUAUAAUUACGAAGUCAUUAUAAUCGACGAUGGCAGCCCCGACGGAACUCAAGAUGCCGCCAAACAACUCCAACAAAUUUACGGCGAAAAUAAAAUCUUACUAAAACCAAGAGAAAAAAAAUUGGGACUGGGAACUGCUUAUAUCCACGGUAUUAAACAUGCCAGUGGCAAUUUUAUUGUUAUUAUGGAUGCUGACUUGAGUCAUCACCCCAAGUUUAUUCCACAAUUUAUUGAGAAACAAAAGUUCGAGGAUUAUGAUUUGGUCUCAGGAACGCGUUAUAUGGGCUCUGGCGGUGUUUAUGGUUGGGAUUUUAAAAGAAAAUUAAUUUCAAGAGGAGCUAAUUUUUUGACACAACUUUUACUAAGACCUGGAGCCUCAGACCUGACUGGUUCUUUUAGGCUAUACAAAAAAGAUGUUUUAGAGAAGUUAAUCAAAAGUUGUGUCUCCAAAGGUUACGUUUUCCAGAUGGAAAUGGUUGUGAGGGCGCGUCAGUUUAAUUAUACUGUAGGGGAAGUUCCUAUUACUUUCGUUGAUAGGGUUUAUGGAGAGUCUAAACUUGGAGGCUCAGAAAUAUUCCAGUUUGCUAAAGCCUUGCUGUAUUUGUUUGCUACGACUUAAUUUUACAUUUGAAAAUUCUAUUUUGGGUCAUUAUUAUAAUAUGAUAUAUUUGAAUAAAAUUAUUUUUAUGAAAUA